CGACUAUUCAUUAUAACAUCGUUCAUUCUCCCGAAUUUUCUCGUUCGUUAGCUGUUAGCACUUCCUCCUGAAUUCGUUUGCAUCUUUCUUUAGAGCUGCGGCCUUUGACCGCCAUCGUCUCCGAUCCGCCUCCAAUUCACUUGCAAAAAUAUAGACUGAAAUGGCUGGAGGAAUGAUCCAGCAGGUCCUAAGGAGGAAGCUUCAAUCCCAGGCUGCUGCCACUCCGGUUUUAUCAUUGCUUAAUUCAAAGAAAAUUCGUGAAGAUGCUGGGCCUGAUGGCAUGAAAUCCUUGAGAACUUUUGCACUCCUUGGAGCUGGUAUUUCUGGGUUGCUAGGUUUUGCAACAGUUGCUUCUGCUGAUGAAGCUGAACAUGGCUUAGCAGUUGCAAACUAUCCUUGGCCUCACUCGGGCAUCCUUAGUUCAUAUGACCAUGCUUCGAUUCGUCGGGGUCACCAGGUUUACCAACAAGUAUGUGCAUCCUGCCAUUCUAUGUCUCUAAUAUCAUACCGUGAUUUGGUCGGUGUUGCAUAUACAGAAGAGGAGACAAAGGCUAUGGCUGCUGAGAUUGAGGUUGCUGAUGGGCCUAAUGAUGAGGGUGAGAUGUUCACCCGUCCUGGUAAACUCAGUGACCGUUUUCCUUCACCUUACACAAAUGAAGCAGCAGCUAGGUUUGCCAAUGGAGGUGCUUAUCCUCCAGAUCUAAGUCUUAUCACUAAAGCUCGUCAUAAUGGGCAGAAUUAUGUUUUUGCCCUUUUAACUGGUUACCAUGAUCCUCCUGCUGGAGUUUCGAUCCGAGAGGGGUUGCACUACAACCCUUAUUUCCCUGGAGGGGCUAUUGCUAUGCCCAAAAUGCUUAUUGAUGGUGCUGUAGAGUAUGAAGAUGGUACCCCUGCAACAGAAGCUCAGAUGGGGAAGGAUAUGGGUUUCAAGUGGAUAUUUGUACUAUCAUUGGCUCUACUUCAAGCUGCAUAUUACCGGCGCUUGAGGUGGUCUGUUCUCAAGUCCCGUAAGCUGGUCCUUGAUGUUGUCAACUAGCUUUUCUUUGGUUUCUCUAUUCCAAUGUAUCUUGGGCAAGAAGAUUCAGCAAUAAUUGCGUUUUGAAGUGAUCUAGGUUUUUGCCAUGACAAAUUGAUGGUUCAGUUGUCAAUGGGUAAUGAGGUGACCUCAAAGUAUUUUUCCAAAUUUAGGAAGAAAUAAGCUACGCCAGCUGCACUAUACAUUUAUUCUUGUUUGAGACCCAAAUUUUUGUUUAGCACUACAUGCUCCUGCAUGGGUUGUUCCCCCUUUAAAUACUUAAUUAUAAUCUUCUAUUAAUUUUAUAAAAGGAUCAGCGAAGCAAGAAAUGUUACUUAGAAGAAAUUCAAUGGAGGAUGAAGUAUUUUGCCAAUAAGCAAUUGAGAGAUGAAAACUUGCAGGAGCUAAACAAUGUAUCCAAUUUCUAGUCUAGAGAUAAUGUUGG